GCGGGCCUUCCGGGUGUGUGUUUCCGGCGUCGGCGGCCGCUGCCGGGGACGGUGUGAGAGCGGUAAGAUGGCGGCCGCAGCGGUGGUGGAGUUCCAGAGAGCCCAGUCACUACUCAGCACCGACCGGGAGGCCUCUAUCGACAUCCUCCACUCCAUCGUGAAGCGUGACAUUCAGGAAAAUGAUGAGGAGGCAGUGCAGGUCAAAGAGCAGAGCAUCCUUGAAUUGGGGUCUCUCCUGGCGAAGACUGGACAAGCUGCUGAACUUGGAGGACUCCUGAAGUAUGUACGGCCUUUCUUGAAUUCCAUCAGUAAGGCUAAAGCAGCUCGCCUGGUUCGGUCUCUUCUUGAUCUGUUUCUUGAUAUGGAAGCAGCUACAGGGCAGGAGGUAGAGCUGUGUUUAGAGUGCAUUGAGUGGGCCAAAUCAGAGAAAAGAACUUUCUUACGCCAAGCAUUGGAGGCAAGACUGGUGUCUUUGUACUUUGAUACCAAGAGGUACCAGGAAGCAUUACAUUUGGGUUCUCAGCUGCUUCGGGAGUUAAAAAAGAUGGAUGACAAAGCCCUUCUGGUGGAAGUACAGCUUUUAGAAAGCAAAACAUACCAUGCUCUAAGUAAUCUGCCGAAAGCCCGAGCUGCCUUAACGUCUGCUCGAACCACAGCAAAUGCCAUCUACUGCCCCCCUAAAUUGCAGGCCACCUUAGACAUGCAGUCAGGUAUUAUCCAUGCAGCAGAGGAGAAGGACUGGAAAACCGCAUACUCAUACUUCUAUGAGGCAUUUGAGGGCUAUGACUCCAUUGAUAGCCCCAAGGCCAUCACAUCUCUGAAGUACAUGUUGCUGUGCAAAAUCAUGCUCAACACCCCAGAAGAUGUCCAGGCUCUGGUGAGCGGGAAGCUUGCACUUCGGUAUGCAGGGAGGCAGACAGAAGCAUUAAAAUGUGUGGCUCAAGCAAGUAAGAACAGAUCGCUGGCAGAUUUUGAAAAGGCCCUGACAGACUACCGGGCAGAGCUCCGGGAUGACCCAAUCAUCAGCACACACUUGGCCAAGUUGUACGAUAACUUACUGGAACAGAAUCUGAUCCGAGUCAUUGAGCCUUUUUCCCGAGUACAGAUUGAACACAUAUCUAGCCUCAUCAAACUCUCCAAGGCCGAGGUAGAAAGGAAAUUAUCACAGAUGAUUCUUGACAAGAAAUUUCAUGGGAUUUUGGACCAGGGGGAGGGUGUCCUGAUUAUUUUUGAUGAACCCCCAGUAGAUAAAACUUAUGAAGCUGCUCUGGAAACAAUUCAGAACAUGAGUAAAGUAGUGGAUUCCCUCUACAACAAAGCCAAGAAAUUGACAUAGAGUUGGAUCUGUAGCAGUCCUUUGGAGAGUGUGUGUGGCGGGAGAGUGAAACCUUGGGGAAAAUGCUAGGAGAUUCUUUUUUCUUUCUGUUCUACUUUUCGCUCGGAAAGUUUUUAAUCCUCAUUUGGUGCAUCUGUAUCCCGGCCAAUAGGUGGGCCGAUUCUCAUGUAAUCUUCACUGGCCCACCAUGGGAAUGGGGAAAUUGCUUAAAAAAAAAGAAAAAGAAAAAAAAAGAGAUUCUAAAUAAAAGGAAAAAGGCUUACACUACCUAAAGCUGUGCUCUCUGCCUCCUGGGAGAGGGCCACAAAGCCAGGCACCUUGCCAACCACUGGGGAUCCUAAUCCAUCUGCUGGGCCUCACCUCUCCUCCUCUUCAGAAUUGGGUGUUUGCUGACCAUCAAAAGCAACGACUUUUUAUUCUGUUUGUACUGAACCAAAACAAACAACUGUGUAUAGACUGCUGUUUUCUUUUUUUAUUUGAAACGAGGCGUUUCGGUGUUUUUUCCCCUGACAUCUGCCCUGUCCACCCUUCCCUCCUCUGACAUUGGCUCCAGCAGACAGCCGAAGGUCCCGCUGUGCUGUCACCGCCGCCACAGCAGCAGUACGUGCACCGCUCUGCUCUGACCUGUGAAAGAAUGGAGACAAGGCCAGGAGCUAGUGUCUACCACGGCCACACGGGGAGCAGUGUGGGCCCUCAGCCCCCAGGGGGCUGCUGUGCAUGUGGCUUUUUAAACACAGUAACUAGAUUAGACAUCAGUGUUUUAACUACCCCUCCUCUUUUGCUCUCCUCUCUCCUCUUCCUCCUCCUCUUUCCUCUCUCAGCCAGGAGACCAUAUCCUUUCUCCUCCCCUCUAGAGGAGUUGGGCUGUCUAAAACUCCAUCUGCUGCUCUCCCUGUUCCACUCCUCUCUCCUGCUGUCAGAUGGAUUUAUUCCUUUAUAAAACAGUGAACAUUGGAAAUGAGACUGUGGGGUGUGGUUGUUUUUUUGUUUUUUUUUUUUAAAUUUUUUUUUUUUAAUUUUUAAUUUUCCUUGUUGGGUUUGAAGCAACCUCAUGUCCCCUUCCCAGGGAGCUUCUUUACCUCUUAGAACUUGAGCGGAUGGGAGUAGAGCACUGUAUUUCAGCAUGCUUUGUUUUCUGCUGUGAUUACCUAGCAAGGCUUUAAUGCCAUUUGGGCAGGUAAGCUUCUGCACUUUUGCUGUCCCUGCUGUAUUUUCUUUUUUCACCUACCCUGUCUUUUCUCUUUUCCUUCCCAACUCCUGCCUCUUUCCUGCCGGCCUCCUUUUCUCUUUCUUUACCUUUCUCAGAUUAUCCUUCCAGGUUUUCGUAAUAAAUUUCUAUUUUGUAAAAGGAUUUUGUUGUACCAGGUUUUGCAUCUUCACUGAAUCUGACUGGCUUUUAUUUUCCUCUUCAAAAAUCAGGUUUUUGUUCUCAACCAUCUUUUCUCCCCAUCAUGUCCAGUCACUGUUUUGGUUUUGGCACCAUCAAUAU